AUGGCUGGUAAGCAAUCAAAAGCCGCUAAGCGCUCUCUCAAGCAGAAUGGCAAAAGAGAAGUGACUUCCGAAGUCUUCAAAGAUUCUCAGGCUAGAAAUCAGUUAAUAAAUGCUCCUAAUCUCACAGAAAAGUCAAAGACUAGGAAGCCCAGUAAACUGAGAGUAAGCAAAGAGCAGGCGCACGCAAGGCUGUACGGCUCGAAGAAUAAAACUCAAAAAACUUAUUCUGAGAAGGAACUCAACCUGCCGACUUUGAACCGUGCCGUAAUUCCUGGCGUUAAAAUAAAGCGAGGCAAGAAGGGUAAGAAGUUUGUUGGUGACCAUGAUUCGCUUAUGUACGACAGGCUAAUAAGCACCAUUGGCGAUAAAGAUGACGAAUUGACUGAAAGUAAAUUGGAGAAGGCUAGGAGACUAGAGGAAAUUAGGCAGCUCAAAAGACAAGAGAUUGAACGUAAAGAGGAGGCCAAGAAUGAUAAGCUGGACGCCAAGAAGGAUGAACUUAAGAAAAAGGCGUCUGUUGCAAGAACAUUGCGUAGAAAAAACAAACGAACUGAAGAGACUGAGGCUGAAAAAAGUACCGGUAAGAAGUCGCUCAAAAAGAAGUCCGUAAGCUUUGCUUAG